AUGGGGGUUGCAAUUCGUUCAGGCUUUGAAUAUUACUAUUACUACCCCUCUCUAGCAGCGGCGGUGAUAUUCAUCAUCUGUUUCCUGCUAACCACGCUCUUGCACACGUUCCAGCUCGUCCGGACGAAAACAUGGUUCUUUAUACCGUUCCUUAUCGGGGGCUACUGCUACUGCGCCCGUGCCGUCUCUGCCAAUCAAUCCCCCAAUUGGACCAUGGGCCCUUUCCUGAUCAACUCGCUCCUUCCUCUGGUUGCACCUGCGCUCUUUGCGGCUAGUAUAUAUAUGGAAUUGGGGAGAUUGAUCAUCGUUCUUCAUGCUCAACAACACAGCCUCAUUCGAGUGAAAUGGUUGACCAAGAUCUUCGUCACCGGUGAUGUUCUAUCAUUUCUGCUUCAAGCUGGAGGGGCUGGUCUCAUGGGUAGUCACUCUAAAAGCGGUACUGAAACCGGGUCGCAUAUCAUUGUUGGCGGUCUCGUCGUCCAGAUUGUUUUCUUCGGUUUCUUCAUCAUAACCACCGCAAUUUUCCACCAUCGCAUGCUACAAAGUCCGACACCAUGCUCCCUUGAAAUAAACUGGAAAAAGCUCAUCUGGGUAUUGUACUCAGCUAGCGUGCUCAUUCUUGUGCGGUCGAUUUACCGUCUUAUCGAGUAUAUCGAAGGGUUUGGGGGAUAUUUGCUUUCUCAUGAGGUGUACCUCUAUGUAUUUGACGCGUUGCUUAUGUUUGCGGUCAUGCUGAUAUUCCAUGUCGUUCACCCGAGCGAGCUCAAUGCUUGGUUGAAGUCGGGCGGGCUAGUUAGCAAGGGGUUUCGGUUCGAAAGGCUGAACGGGAAUUCGAUACCCAUCAGCUGA